GAAACACUUUAACCUUUUAAUAAAAUAUAAUUCAGACUCUGAUCAAAGUCAGAGAAAUAAAUGUGCGGGGGAUAAGAUGUUCAAAACAGCAAUCGUGUGAUUACGACUUCACCAUCCAUUUAUGUAUAUAAGUACAGGCAUGAACUUCAUCCAUUCAUUCAUCUCUUUCUCCACAACACCAUGGUGCUUCCUCUCCACACCCCUCUUCUGCUAUUCUUCGCUAUCUUCAACGUGCGGUACGUGAAUGUCGCAGCUGCGACAUGCCACGCGGACGACGAGGCCGGGUUACUGGGGUUCAAGGCGGGCAUCACUGACGACCCGUCGGGCAUGCUAGGGUCCUGGAAAACGGGUACCGACUGUUGCACUUGGGCGGGCGUCAACUGCCGGGUGGACAAUCGGGUCACGACUCUGAGUCUAUCCGGGCAGCCCGACAAGCCCAAGAGCUUCUUGACGGGUACGAUCUCCCCGUCCCUCGUUAAAGUCCAGAACUUGGACGGGAUUUACCUCCAAAAUCUCCGAAACGUUUCGGGUCCCUUUCCCAGCUUGCUGUUUUUCUUGCCCAAACUCCAAUUCAUUUACAUCGAAAACAACAAGCUCUCGGGUCAGAUUCCCAAAAGUGUCGGUAACUUGACCCAACUCGGCGCCCUAGGUCUGGCCGGGAACCUGUUCACGGGACCCAUACCGAGUUCAGUCUCCGAGUUGACUCAGCUGACUCAGCUCAGGCUCGGUGGAAAUCUUCUCACCGGAAGAGUGCCGGACGGAAUUCGCCACCUGAAGAAUUUGGUACAGCUGAGUCUGGAUCGAAAUCGAUUAACCGGUCCGAUCCCUGAUUUUUUCUCCUCGUUUUCUCGGCUCCGGACUCUUGAACUCUCUCACAACAAAUUUUCCGGGGGAAUUCCGGCGAGCAUUGCCGAUCUUGCGCCCAAUCUAACUUACCUUGAGCUAGGCCACAAUGCUCUGACGGGAAAAAUUCCAGAUUUUCUCGGGAAUUUCAAAGCACUCGACACGCUUGAUCUUUCCGGGAACCGGUUCACCGGAACUGUUCCGAAAAGUUUCGGAAAUCUCACGAAAAUUUUCAACCUCGAUCUUUCGGAUAACUUCCUGGUCGACCCAUUUCCCGAAAUGAACGUAAAAGGCAUUGAAUCGCUCCACUUGUCGAACAAUCGGUUCCAUUUAGGAGAAAUCCCUAAAUGGGUAACUUCGUCGCGAAUCAUCUACUCACUGAAGCUAGCGAAAUGCGGGAUCAAGAUCAAGCUUGACGAUUGGAAGCCGGCGCAGACGUAUUUCUACGAUUACAUCGAUCUUUCGGACAACGAAAUAUCGGGCAGUCCGGUUUGGCUCCUGAACCAGACGAAUUUUCUGGUGGGAUUUUGGGCCGCCGGCAACCAGUUACGGUUUGAUAUGGGGAAAUUGAGAUUUGGAGAGACGUUGAAGUAUUUGGAUUUGUCUCGGAAUUCGGUGUAUGGGAAAGUGCCGAAGGCGGUUUCCGGGCUGGAGACCUUGAACGUUAGCCAUAACCACCUGUCCGGUGAACUUCCGGCGACGAAGUUCCCGGCGAGUGCGUUUCUGGGCAAUGAUGGUCUCUGUGGUUCCCCACUACCUGCUUGUAAGUAGUAAGAAUUAAAAGAAUGCAGUAUCAUGCGUGUUUCUGGUUUUUACUUUUUUCAAAUAAUGAAGUCCAAUUUUAAGGUUGGUUUGAUAACUUUGAUAAGGGCUUCUUAAUUUAAAUGUGUAAAUUUGGUAUUAUUUUUCUUUUUUAUUUUAUUUUUUUGUCAACUGUAAGAUGAUUACAAUGCUCUUAUUUAUGUUCUUGAUUUUUAUUUUA